GCAAACUCUAGUCGCGUCUCAACUCUCGUGCAUUCGAUUUCCGGUGAGACUUAAACGUGAACAUGUCUUGGGAAGAUGCUCGUGAUGCCUUGCGGAAAAUGCGUGAAGACCAAGUAAGGGACGGUCCACGUGUUGUGAGACUCUGGAAGCAGAUUCUGUCCAACUAUGCCCACAAACUGGGGGAUGAAGUUUGGACAGUACAAGAACAAGUCACCAUUGGAGCUCUGGAUUGUCAGAACCUGGACUUAGCCCAGGAAUGCAUCUCUUGUCUGAACUCCAAGUUCCCUGGGUCACUGAGGGUGCUGCGCUUGAAAGGAAUGUUCUAUGAGGCAGAAGGAAAGUAUACCAAAGCCAAUGAAUGUUACGACAAAAUUCUGGAGGAAGACAAAGCAAACAUGUUUGCUGCAAAGCGGAAGAUAGCCAUGUCUAAAGAACAGAAUGAUCUACCUGAGGCAGUCAAUCAGCUAAAUAAAUACCUAGAAACGUUCAUGACAGACUUUGACGCAUGGAUGGAGUUGUGUGACCUCUAUCUGCAACAUCAAGAAUACAGCAAGGCAGCGUUCUGUCUGGAGGAACUUAUCAUGUCCAACCCUCACAGUCAUCUGUACCAUCAGAAAUACGCAGAGAUCAAAUACACACAGGGAGGCAUGGAGAAUCUAGAGAUAGCAAGGGCCUACUUUGCUCAGGCCUGUAAACUCAACCCCAACAAUAUGAGAGCCCAGUUUGGCCUUCUUUUGACGUCCAGCAAUCUAGCCACAGGCUACAACAAAAGUCAGCGCAGCGUCAACGCCAAAUGUGCCAUGUGGGCUGCAGAGCAAAUCAUUGAUAAAUACCAGGUAUGUGGGUCACAGUGUGCCAUGUGGGCUGCAGAGCAGAUCAUUGAUAAAUACCAGGUAUGUGAGUCACAGUGUGCCAUGUGGGCUGCAGAGCAAAUCAUUGAUAAAUACCAGGUAUGUGAGUCACAGUGUGCCAUGUGGGCUGCAGAGCAAAUCAUUGAUAAAUACCAGGUAUGUGAGUCACAGUGUGCCAUGUGGGCUGCAGAGCAAAUCAUUGAUAAAUACCAGGUAUGUGAGUCACAGUGUGCCAUGUGGGCUGCAGAGCAAAUCAUUGAUAAAUACCAGACCACUCAGAGCCAGGAACAACUUCAAGACACAAAAGUUCUGGAGUUGAUACGCAAGAUGCAGGAGAAUGUGUCCACACAGCAUGACAGUUGACCCUACCUUAGUGAUGACCCUAGCAACGUUGGAGGUCGGAAUAAAAAUUAGAGUACCAUCAUCAGUAAAGGGCAGAAAUCAUGUGCAGAUUGCUUGUGGAUCACAUGUUGAGUUUGCACUUAAAAUGUUUUAGUUUAACUAAGGAAUAUUACACGUCUAUUAUGGGAGGUCUACUCUUUUUAUUGGUCCACCAUAAAUAUAUUUUCAACGAGUCAUUUUUAAGCAGGUAAAAUUAUUUUACGAUCCCCCCUUGAUGUGUUAUUUAACUUUUUUUCCUGUGUUAAAUACACAACCAUGUUUAGCACAGAGUACAUGGCUGGAAAAUAAGCCAAAUGUAAAAUUGUCAAAAUCUGCAAAAUUUAUGUUGUCUGCAGAUUAAUAUUUCUGGUCGCCUUGGCAUUGAUAUUUAUUGUACUUCUGAUAUGUGGAGAGUGAAAAAUAUAUAUAAACCUAAUAGACAGAGUUCUCUUAUUUUAAACAAAUAAUAUGAAAUGUAUGCAGUACAUGUUUGUUGAUAGAGUAACAUUGUAUACAGAAGUUUUUCUUGUUGUUUCUUUGGAAAAUGUGUUCACUUAUUUAGUUACUUUUCUUCACUUUAUAUGAUUGAUUUUUUUUGUAGGUUUUUUAACACUAUAAAACAUAUGCAAAAAUCUGUAUUU